AUGGAGAACGUGGGUAGUGGUGGUUGUCUUGAGCUUAUCGACCGAAGUGGGUUGAUUAUGAAAAGGGUCAACGAGUUCUUCUUCUUCGUUGCCAAGGCUAGCUCGAGAAGGAUCUCUCUUGUUGACUGGAGGGCUUUUAGCGUUCAGAAACCUACCAAAGAGAAAGAUUCGAGUGAAAUAGCGGAAUUUCCUGUCGUGUCGCCUCUUGAUACACCUUCUAAAACUCAUUGGCUAGACGACGACUUAGACGGUGAUGAUGAUGAAGAUUUCGAUUUUGCUAAAGCGAUUGUGGAGGCUGCUGCUACUGUCCUUUCAAUUUGA